CAGGAACGGGGGCUGGAACAGUGAUACUGGGCACGGCGAGCUCGGACCGGGGACUGCCAGAGCCAACGGGUUCGGAGAUGGCGGGGGGGCGAUAGAUUUGGGGGUGCGCAAGAGACGGAUAAGCUACGGGCAGAGACAGGACCAGGCAAGACAAGACAAGACAAGGAGAGGGAAAAUGGUCGCGAAGGCUGAGUGGCCCGCAGCAUGACCUGUCGAGGGGGUGAGAGCGUGUGCGUGUGCGUGUGUGGGAGAGGGUGGAAUGGAUGACUGGGGGCGAGAAAAGAACCGUUGGUCCAAGAUCGAGACGGUCAUGAAAAAUCUCACGCGCGCGCAUCAAGUCAAGGUCGAUUGCAACGGUGAAAGACGGGGAACAGCCGCGGGUGUGCAUGUGGAUGGUGGACAAUCAUGGGCGCCAGGGUCCAGAGCAAGAGGCGACAGAGGCGAAGAAGAAGGGGGUGUGACGAUCAGGAGUUUGUGGGAAGGAUUCCGAGCGAAGGCGACCAGCAAGGAAGAAACCGAGAGAUGGUUCUUGGACAGAUCACUUGCUCGAUGGGGGGGCUAGAGACAACGAGGGAAAGAGGGAGAGAGGGAAAAGAAACAUCAGAAAGGAAGAAAAGCAAAGGGCAGAAGGUUGAGGCAGCCCCGUGGUGAUUGGCUGGCCGGAUGAUGCACAUCAACAACGUUUUGGUGGUCUUUGGUCGAUGCUUUUUGGGCGGUUUGGAAUACGAAGCAGCAGCAAGUGGUUGGCUGGUUAGUUUGUUGUAACGGCGGCGGGCGCGGACAAGAUGGGAAAGGAAUGGAAUAAUGAAUAAGAAGAAUAAUGGGGAAUUUGCC